UUACCUCUUGUGCGGCAUCACUGCUUCGGAGCUCUGCGCUGUUUGGCCACUCCAAGUGCCAAUCAAAGAAGCAGGCAAAAAAUCCAUUAUAGACGGAAAAACGGAGCUAUAUUUCUAUCGGUAGGCGGGAGAGAAAUGAAGGGAACAAUCAGUCAGCCGGGCCAGGGAGCCACCUCAAAGCAUAUCGGGUUUCUUUGAAUGACAGCGUAACCAUGGCAAAUAAUUUGACUAAAACUAUUGUCUUAUCCUCACCAUCCCCGGGUCAGAUAACCAACCAAUCACAGUUCACAUAAUCGCUUUUCUUGCCAGCUUAGAAUAAUAUUAUUAAAACAAGCGAGCGAGCUUGGACUUCGGGAGAGCUUUAUGCUGAAAGGACACAGAAAAGGGGGCGAACGGCUCUUGAAGGAGUAAAACUUUCUCUCGAAACUAUUUGAUGGAUAUUCGGUGUUCGCAUUUCUAAGCGGGGCAGAAGAGUGCUUUCCCUCUCGCUCGCGUUGGAUUGUAUCCUCGUCAUUUGAAGACGCUUCUGUACUGAAGUUUUUGCCGUUCAUGGACUUGGGGUGUUUGCACUCUACAGCUCCAGCACUAGCACAUAAGAAGACCUAGAAGAGGAAAGCUACGCAUUUCUCCAGCCGAAAUCAUGUCAAUGCUUCCAACCUUUGGCUUUACGCAAGAGCAAGUGGCGUGCGUUUGCGAGGUUUUGCAACAAGGUGGUAACAUCGAGCGGCUCGGGCGCUUUCUUUGGUCCCUCCCGGCAUGCGAACACCUUCACAAGAAUGAAAGCGUCCUGAAAGCAAAGGCGGUAGUCGCCUUCCACCGGGGAAACUUCAGGGAGCUCUACAAAAUACUCGAGAGCCACCAGUUCUCUCCACACAACCACCCAAAGCUGCAGCAGCUGUGGCUCAAGGCGCAUUACAUCGAAGCGGAGAAGCUCCGGGGCCGCCCUCUUGGGGCGGUGGGAAAGUACCGUGUCCGCAGAAAGUUCCCCCUGCCCCGGUCGAUCUGGGACGGCGAGGAGACCAGCUACUGCUUCAAAGAGAAGAGCCGGAGCGUACUUAGGGAGUGGUAUACCCACAAUCCAUACCCUUCCCCGCGGGAGAAGAGAGAGUUGGCCGAGGCUACCGGGCUGACCACCACACAAGUCAGCAACUGGUUCAAAAACAGACGACAAAGAGACCGUGCAGCAGAGGCGAAGGAGAGGUACGAGGAGAACAACGAGAACUCAAACACGAACAGCCAUAACCCUCUCUCGUCUUCGAUGAACGGAAAUAAAACGAUACUGGGCAGCUCGGACGACGACAAAACGCCUUCGGGGACCCCGGAUCACACCUCGUCGAGUCCAGCUUUACUCCUGACGUCGAACUCGGGACUGCAGUCCCUACACGGCUUGGCCCCGCCGCCCGGCCCAAGUGCUAUCCCAGUACCAAGCGCGGAUUCCGUACACCAUCAUCACUCUCUGCACGAGACCAUACUGAACCCUAUGUCGUCCAACCUGGUCGACCUUGGCUCCUAAACGGACUUUGUUUAUUUUGAAGGGACACCAUGUGUGCGUAUGGACGAUUCUCAAAGAACAAUAACACGAACGGAAGAAGUAAAACGCAAUGAGAGAUGACAACACACUAAGGCCGGACACUUUAUCACUAUGAGCUGAUGGAAACGGAGCGGACAGAAAGCUUUUUUGGGGGGAAGUUUAUGGUCGACCUGGAGAGAGCACACGUGGUAGGAGACUGAAGCUAUUUGCUAGAAUGUAACAGCAUGGUAAAAAGAAAUGCAAUACAAUAAAAUGUCUUAAUUCUU